AUGUCAGAAACCUCUGCUGAGUCAAGCGGAAAACCCACCUUAGAAAUCACCUCUGUUUCAAAUCCGUCAAAAUCCAUAGGUACAACGGACUCUCAUUCCGUUCAAAUUACCACCAUCCGUUUAAAUGGUGAUAAUUUCCUAUGUUGGUCGCAGUUGGUUCGUAUGUAUAUCCGAGGUCGUGGGAAGAUUGGAUACUUGACUGGGGAAAAUAAGGCUCCUGCGGAGAGUGAUCCGACGUAUGCUACUUGGGAUGCUGAGAAUUCCAUGGUGAUGACAUGGUUGGUUAAUUCGAUGGAGGAAGACAUUUGCUCUAAUUAUAUGUGCUAUCCAACUGCACAAGAGCUAUGGGAGAAUGUGAAUCAAAUGUAUUCGGAUUUGGGGACCCAAUCCAAAAUUUUUGAGUUGACUCUAAAACUCGGUGAAAUAAGACAAGGGGAGGAUAGUGUCACCAAGUAUUUCAACUCUUUGAAAUGGAUAUGGCAGGACCUUGAUUUGUUUAACACCUACGAAUGGAAGUCUGCUGAAGAUGGUCGCCAUCACAAGAAGGUGGUGGAGGAUAACCGAAUUUUUAAGUUUCUAGCAGGUCUCAACAUUGAGUUUGAUGAAGUAAGGGGGAGAAUCAUAGGACGACAACCACUACCUCCUAUUGGUGAAGUACCUCCUAUUGGUGAAGUAUUCUCAGAAGUUAGGAGGGAGGAGAGUCGGAGGAAUGUGAUGCUGGGAAAGAAGGGACCGAAUGCUGUGGUUGAAGAAUCUGCUCUUGCUGCCAUGGGAGAGAACUCAAGUAGGCCCUAUCAGCGGAGAACAGGUGAUCAGCAAAGGAGUGAGGAUGGCUGGAGCAAAAAUCUGACAUACCAACGCCAAGACAAAUCUCGGCUUUGGUGUGACUAUUGCAGCAAGCCCCGCCACACCCGGGAGACCUGUUGGAAGAUCCAUGGCAAACCGGCAAAUUUGAAGGGACCCAAGCUCAUUGAGAAAACAGGUUAUGCAGCCUCCAGCACAAAAGAAACUGAUUCCAGCCCCUUCACAAAAGAACAAAUGGAGCAUCUCCUUGCACUACUAAAAUCCAAUUCCUCAUUUCGUACUCCUAUGUGUCUAUUGCACACACAGGUAAAGAAAUUGCUAGAAUGA